UUAGUUCUGGCCUACACUUUGCUCGCAGAGCCCGCCAUGUCGCCCUGGAAGCUGUGGCUGUUGGUGGCGCUGGCCGCCGUGGUCUGCCCGCCCGCGCACGCAGCUGCAGCCGUGCCCGCGCCGCCCAACCCGUAUUCCAGCUCGUCGUCCGAAGAGUCGGACCACCCGGCGCCGCCCAAGGCGUCGCCCCUCCCGGAGCUUAGGCCGCUAGCUGCGGCUGUAGCUGCGCCACCCAACCCGGCACCCUCCACGAGGCACCCGCCGACACCUCAGCCUGCGCCCGCGGCGAUCGACCCUACCCCAUACCUGUCGUGCAGCAACUGCGGGCGCUUCAACUCGCUCGUCACGGCGCUCCUGCGCGCCGUCUACGCCCUGCUCUUAGCGCUCCUGAACGACGUCAAUACUGCGCUGUGCUACACUCUGCAUCUCGUCUACAUCCUGCUCUGCAUAAUACAGGUGACGGUCUCUCUCGAGAUUAUUGUUGCAGUUACCGGCCUCUCUAUGAUUUUGCGAACGGUGGCGAGGCUUCCCGUUGUGGGUGCCCUGUUGCAGACCAUAGCUCUUCUCCUGACAGGCCUCCUCAACUGUUUACUCAGGGAACUGCGCGUAACGCUGGUGUACUAGUGGCUUCUGGUGUCUGAGCCCCCCUGCUGCUGCGCCUUCAUUGGAAUCAGAUGUGAAUUUCCUGUUCCGAAUUUAAACGAAUGUAAAAAUGGUCGAAUAAAUAAUAACAUUUCGCAUCAUAAUUAAAUAGUAAACUGCUUUUUCUAUUUAUUGAGAAUUAAAUUUGAUCUAAAUUAUUCUGUAAGCCUAAGGAAAUAAAAUAUUGUGAAAUGACAU